CUGGGACCUGGACAGCGGCUGCGCGAGCCCGCAUCGGACGCACACCUUUCGGCCCGUGGGCCACAUACCGCGCUCGACCGCCGGGCCCAGGAGCGGCGGCCACAGCCACGGCGUCACGCACCUGGCCUUCUACCCUUUCGACGCCGACGCCUUCCUGUCGAGCUCCUACGACAAGACGCUCAAGCUGUGGGCCACUGCCAGGGCGGCCCUGUCUGCAGAGUUCGACCUGAAUGCCACCGUCUACUCGCACGCCUGCAGCCCGAUCGCGGCCCAUCUGCUCGUCGCGUGCGCCACCCAGCACUCCAACGUCCGCCUCGUGGACCUCAAGUCGGGAUCGGCGGUGCAGGCCCUCGUCGCCCACGGCGGUCCCGUCCUCAGCACGGCGUGGAGCCCUCGCCACGAACACGUCCUCGUCAGUGGCCACGCCGACGGCAGGGUCCGCGUCUGGGACGUUCGACGCGCCGGUGGCGUUGUCGCGCAGCUCGACCAGGAGGACUCGCUGGGCGUCGUGCACCGCUUCAGGCACGCCACGGCGUCUGGCUCCGACUGGGGCAGCAUGCCGCACUUUCGCGUCUCGGCCCAGGCCCACGACGACGCCGUCAACGGGCUGCAGUGGACCGACGACGGCAGGUACAUUGUGUCGGCUGGCCUUGACCGCCGCAUCAGGGUCUGGGACGCCGACACGGGGGCCAACACGCUUGCCAGCUUUGGCGCCAUUGUGCAGAACCAGCACGCCAAGACUGCGAGCUUCCUCGUCACCCCGUCGGGCCUCUCCACCGGCCGCCAGCUGCUCGUCUGGCCCAACGAGCAGGAGAUAUUGCUGCUGGACCUCCACGACGGGACUGUCAUGAGUCGCCUGCGGAGCCCCGGCUCGACGCACUCCACGGGCGUCCGGGGCAGCGAGGCGGGGCGGAACCGCAUCACCAACAUUGCGUGGCGCAGUGCAGGGGGUGGCAGUGGGCAGGUUGGGCCUGCCAUGGGAGGCGGCAACUCGAUCGGGGCCAUUUACAGCGGCCAUCUGGACGGGCAGAUACGAGCGUGGAUGCCGCACGUGCCGGGGCCAGAGGAUGCGGACGAGGACGAAGAGGCUGGCGAGGACCAGCAGGCCAAGCAGAGGAAGAGGAAGGCCAUUGAGAACGCAUAUAGAAGCCUGAUGGGCAAGGAGGUCAAGUUUACGUAG